UUAAGAUUACGCACAUUAACAUCUGUUCAUGUGACUUUGUUUAGUAGAUCUAGAUCUAGAAUAUAGCUAUGCGUCAUUUCCAUGCUAAUGUUUGUAAACAAACACUGAAAAGUUUUCGUUGUUGAACUUGUAAAGGUACAUAUAAACAUAUUAUAUCUAGAUAAAGAUCAAGGUAAAUAUGCCUAUUUUGUAUUCGGUCGUGGCUCGAGGCACAACGGUUUUGGCUAAAUAUGCCAGUUGUGCAGGAAACUUCACAGAAGUUACUGAGCAAAUAUUAAUGAAAAUUCCACAAGAAAAUUCCAAAUUGACAUACUCACAUGGAAGUUACUUGUUUCAUUACAUUACGGAGGACAAGAUAGUUUAUAUGUGCAUUACAGACGAUUUAAACAAAAUGCAAGAAAGGAAAAAAAAAAAAGAAGGUUACAAAGAUGUUUUUGUGGAAAAACUCAAAAUCAGCCCUUUAAAUGGUCCACCCAGGCAGGACUUUGAACGAUCAAAGGCCUUUUUAUUUUUAAAUGAAAUAAAAAGAAGAUUUCAAGCACAGUAUGGAGUUCGAGCUCAAACUGCCUUGCCUUAUGCCAUGAAUAGUGACUUUUCACGAACAAUGGCAUCACAAAUGAGGAGUGUAUCAGAAGAUAGACCAGAUCAGGUUUCAAAAGUUCAAACUCAAGUUGAUGAAUUAAAAUGUAUUAUGGUUAAAAAUAUCGACCACUUAGCAGAAAGAGGAGAAAAGCUAGAACUCCUGGUUGAUAAGACGGAAGAUUUGAGUGCAAAUGCUGUGACUUUCAAGAAGAGAAGUCGAAACUUGGCCAGAUCGCUAUGGUGGAAAAAUGUGAAGCUACUUAUUAUUAUUGGCAUUGUUAUUAUAGUUAUCAUUUAUUUUAUUGUCUCAGCUGCUUGUGGUGGGCUGGAUUGGCCAUGUACAAAAUGAUUAAAUGCUCAUAUUUACAAUGUAAUCACUAUUAAUCAUAAUACUAUUUUAAUUAAUAUUAAUGAUUCAUGUUGAAGGGAAACAUAUUUCUUAUUGAAAAUCUUUUACUUACCAAUAAGGAAACUGUUGUAACUGUAUUAUAUAGAUUGUCAAUCAAAGGAUUUUGUAUGUCCGUGGAGAAACUCAACUCAUGAAGUAUCAAAAUCACACCCAAUGUCCCUUAUGCAUACAUUGGAGCCAUCCAUCAAGCUUUUGGCAUUCAUCUGCACUGAUGUACCUAUGCCCUAACCUUAUAUUUCAACCUAUUUCUAGAUUAUUUUGCCCCUCUCUAGUAUUUUGGUGGGGUGGUAGGGAAGUGGCAAAGGCAUCAAUCCCCCCCCCCACCAUAACCUUUUGAGGGGGGGGGGGCGGUCCAAUUUAUUUGUAGAAAUCACAGCUUGUAAACAGAAUCAAUUAAAUGUCUAUACGAUUAAAACUUGUUAUUGAUAUUUUAACCUACCUUUAUAUUAUGUCGUUCCCCUGCUAGUCGAUUGUGUGUGGGGGGGGGGGGAGCAAAUACAUCUACUGCCCUUCCCACCUAAACCCUUCUUUUAUUUAGAAAUCAUAGUUUGAGAACAAAAGUAGUUUUUAUAGUAUUAUAUAAUUUUUAUAUUAUCUCGUUACACUACUGGUAUCCUAGCCAAUUCGGUGAGGUGGGGGUGGGGGGAGGACGAUUGCGAUCCUAUUUUUAUGGAGAAAUCAUAGUUUGUGAACAAAAUUAGUUGAAUAUCUAUAUAUUAUAAGCUACAUGUUGAUGUUUUAACCCAUUUGUAUAUUAUGUCGCACACACGCUCUGAUCUCAAAUUGUAUCAUUAUUAAAUAUAAAAUGAAAAAGGGUUGUACCAGGUGGGAAGGGCGAUACAUGCUAUCGCCUUUCGCCCAUCGGACAAACGAAA